CUGCAGCAGUGUGCAGUGAGAUAUAUGUAAUUUCUAGGCUGUUUACAUUUCUUGUUAUAUGUUGUUUUAAUUGAAUUUCCACUUUCCUAGAUGUUUCAUUUCUGCAUUUCUGCAUCUUUUUCUUAAUCCUUUUCUACAUAAAGUCCCAUAGGGCAGGUUAUGUGUUAAUGUAUAGGCAUAGAGAAAGCCAAGCCAAAGAGCAAACUGUAGGUCCACCCUACAUUGUUCCGAUUUGAAUAUCUUAAUCAAGUUCAUUGUCUGGUUUUCUGUUAAGACAUGGUCAGAGUACCAGCAACUCUAAUUGGGAAACAAUAACUUAAGAACAUAGCAAAAGAAUGAUCUAUGUUGGUUCAGUUUCUGCAUGCUUUAUAUAGAGAGAAAAAGCUUUCAGCUAUCAGUUUUAUCAAAGUUUUCAGAGAGAGCGACAGAGAUUCAGAGAAAGAGAUAGAACUCCUAAGUUGUGUUUUUGACAAGCUUCUCAUCUAGAUUUUACAAGUGUGCUAUAUAAGGUGUAAUCUGCUUAAAGCCUCCAAUUGUAUUUUAUCUCAAUCUUGGUUCGUCUGGGAUGAUGAAAUAAAGCACCAUUUCACAUAAGCCAACGCCAUUUUUGUGAAUGUAUUUCUUUUGGAGUGUAUUGACUUUGAAACUCCGCAUUGGUUACCAAGGGUAAAGUGCGGCAGUCACAAUAAAAUACAAGUGCUUAAAGCAGCUCGUGACAGACACCAGCAGUCCUGGCUUUUAGGAGAAACUGAGAGGGAAGAUGUCGGCUAUAGAAGAGUCUAACUUAGUAGAAGAGAUACGUGAAGAUAAAUCUCCUCUAAGUGAGAUAAGUGUUCACAGUAUGAAGAGUAGAACUAGCCAAGUGGCUAAGAGUCAUGCAAGUUCUCUUCAGUCAGUGAAGAGUGAGAGACUGUCCAUCAAGAAACAUGAAGCCUCUCUUAAGGUUAAGCAGUCAUUUGAAGAUGACCAUCUUAAACUGUUGCAGCAAGAAACAGAAGUCGAACAACUUUUUAGAAAGCGACGGAUAGCUCUUCAACAGCAACUAGAUAAGGAAGAAGCUACCUUCAAACGGCAACAGAAGGAGAUUGCAAUGAGAAAGGAUCGCCUAGCUAGACGCGAGCGUUUAGCUCAAUUGACUGCCAUAAAGCAAGUAUUAGAGGAAUUUGAAGAUGAAGAAUUGGGUGAAAGUGAUUCAGAGAUUUCAUUUAGAGGAAUGAGAAAGGAAGAGAAGAGUGAGGGAAUGCAGAGAUUCUUUGAUUCACAAGAAAAGAUCCACCUCCAUCAGUCAGAAAAGACAGGAGUUCAUCAGAAAACCGAGGCAGUAUCUGAUCUCAGUAACCCAUGGGUGCCAGCUGGGUUGGACAGUUUAGUAUCAUCGUUAGAAGCUUGUGUAGCCCAAAUCACCCGCAUUGCUAUUGGACAAAGUGAAGUAAGUAAACAGUUGGCAGCAACUAGCCAACUACCAAAUAUCGAUGUUCCAAUGUUUAGUGGUGAACCGAUGAAUUAUCCUUUGUGGAAGAAUGCAUUUGAUUGCAUGGUGGAUGCUAAGCCAAUCAGUGACUCUAAUAAAUUGAACUACUUGAACACCUACGUUUGUGGAAAAGCUAAAGAAAUUGUUGAACACUAUUUGUUAUUAGGAGAGGACGAUGGUUAUCAGAAGGCUCGUGCGGAAAUUGAUAGGAGGUUUGGCAACCCAAGUGCUCUCAGUGUUGCUUACACCAGAAAGCUCUGUUCGUGGCCACGUAUUGAAAGUAAAGAUGCAAGUGGAUUGAGAGACUUUUCCGACUUCUUGCAGAAGGUCUUGUCAGCCAAGACGAAGGUCAAGAAUCUAGGAAUCCUGGACUUUCCCCAAGAGAAUGCAAAGCUCGUAGCAAAGUUGCCAGAGUACUUGGAAGAUGAAUGGCGAGAGGAAAUUGAUAGAUGGCGCGAAACUAAUAGCCCCCAAAGUUAUCCAUCGUUCUCGUGUUUCGUUGGUUUUGUGAAGAAAGCAGCUGACAGAGCGAACAUUCCUGAGUUGGAACCUUUAAGGUUAAACCUAUCAAGGCGAUCUCCAAAUGGAAAUGCACAGAUCUUUUGCAUCUCUGGGCUGGAGGAUGAAAGCUCUAUAUGUCCUUUCUGUGAUGGAAGCCAUCACCUCGAAUCAUGUUCUAGUUUCUUGAUGAAAUCUAUUGAAGAGAGAAAAUUAUUCUUUUUGAAAAGAAAGUUGUGUUUUGGUUGCGCUCUUACAGAUCAACAUCGUGGUAAAGAAUGUAGAAACAAGAGAGUGUGUAGAAUCUGUGGAGGUAGACACCUUACAUGUCUACAUGAAGAUAGGUCAAAGAAGACAGAAGACCAGGGAAUUCCCAAUCAAGGAGCCAACAACACAAAAUGAACAUUUGAUUUGAUUUGAUGUAAUUCGUUGUUUUCCACUUUCUUAUCUCUUUCAAUCUCUUCUCUCCCUUUUCUUGUUUUCUUUCCAUUAUUAGUCUAAUCAUUUCGCUAGAGUUGUCAUUUCAGUUUUUCAUAUGGUUUUGAUCUUUCCUGCUUUUCUAGUUUUCUUGUUCACAUUCUAGUCUUUAUCUUCUUUCUAGUUUUAUAGCUCUCUUUACUUCCAGUUUUUCUGUACAUAUGCAUUAGUAAUUGAUUUGAUUUAUUUUGUUUGUUGAAUCUGCUGGCAUGCAUGCAGUUACAGUAUAUGAUUUUAUACUUAAUGCUUAAUGGCUAAUAUUUCUUAGUGUAUCCAAAGUAGUUUAAGAAGAUAUGUCUUAAUUUUGUUGUGCCUGACAGCAACGGGAUUGGAAUGUUAUGGUUCACAUUUUUUGUUAUUAAGUUCAAUAAUGAUAGGUGAUCAGUUAAAGUAUCUUGCAUGUAUAUAUACGAUUUUGAGUUUAUUGGUUGAUUUUAGAUAUUCAGACAUAAUUGAUGUUGUGUGUGUUUAAGUUAAGUAACUGAUGGCAAUCAGUUAAAGGAGCCAUGUCACUGCAGCAGUGUGCAGUGAGAUAUAUGUAAUUUCUAGGCUGUUUACAUUUCUUGUUAUAUGUUGUUUUAAUUGAAUUUCCACUUUCCUAGAUGUUUCAUUUCUGCAUUUCUGCAUCUUUUUCUUAAUCCUUUUCUACAUAAAGUCCCAUAGGGCAGGUUAUGUGUUAAUGUAUAGGCAUAGAGAAAGCCAAGCCAAAGAGCAAACUGUAGGUCCACCCUACAUUGUUCCGAUUUGAAUAUCUUAAUCAAGUUCAUUGUCUGGUUUUCUGUUAAGACAUGGUCAGAGUACCAGCAACUCUAAUUGGGAAACAAUAACUUAAGAACAUAGCAAAAGAAUGAUCUAUGUUGGUUCAGUUUCUGCAUGCUUUAUAUAGAGAGAAAAAGCUUUCAGCUAUCAGUUUUAUCAAAGUUUUCAGAGAGAGCGACAGAGAUUCAGAGAAAGAGAUAGAACUCCUAAGUUGUGUUUUUGACAAGCUUCUCAUCUAGAUUUUACAAGUGUGCUAUAUAAGGUGUAAUCUGCUUAAAGCCUCCAAUUGUAUUUUAUCUCAAUCUUGGUUCGUCUGGGAUGAUGAAAUAAAGCACCAUUUCACAUAAGCCAACGCCAUUUUUGUGAAUGUAUUUCUUUUGGAGUGUAUUGACUUUGAAACUCCGCAUUGGUUACCAAGGGUAAAGUGCGGCAGUCACAGGGGGUAACGGGGGCCCCGGCAUCGUGUGCAACGUGCAAACUUCAUGGCUUGUCAUAUUUCUGCGUGCGAUAACAGUCCGCUGAGACGGACAGAGGAUCAUUUAUUCUACCUCCUUGAAAGGAGGUUCUUAAUCACAUGAAAUUGUAUCCCCCUUCAGUCAGCACGUACUUGGAUACAUUUAUAUCAACAAACCGUUGCUGCAAUAUAACGGGUGCCGGGUACACCUGUACGUACCUUUUUUUUUCUCUCCAACCGUAUCUGAAAAUCAGCCCUAUACUCCUUUGAAACAUGAAUUGAGGUCUUGGCGCACUGAAGUGAGAAUCGCCUUAGUUUGCCGUAUUUUAGAAUCCACUUCUCAGACGCUUUCUGCAACGUUGAAAAUCUAUUGAAAAUACCCGUCAAAGCACAAUGGACAGAAUAGAGGUCAUUGUCGAAAGUUGGUGGACCGGGACAGCACAUCGUCUUAAGAUUUUUUUUGCCAGGCAAUCUUAGUGAAUGCUUAUACCCUGACCAUUCGUGCUCAGAUUCAUGUUUUUACUGCAUCGUUUGAUUUUUAUUGGACUAUCCAUCUGUGGAUCUUAAAAUGGACUAAUAUAUGUGUGGAUAACUGUUCCUAACCACCGGGAGAACUUGCAUUAUUGUGAAUUUAUAUUGGUGAGUCAGUUUGUACCUUCACUGUAGUUUGCAAUACAGAGAGUCUACUUGCCUUUCUAGUCCCACAUUGACGUUUUUGUGUGACUCAAUUUGUACUUGUCUGUGUGAGAGCUGUUUAACGUUUUUAUUGUGUCGUUACGUAACUCAUUCAUUAUGUCUACUGAUGCUGUGAAAAGACACAAUACCCGAUUUAGAGUUAAAUCGGACUCAGCCCAGCCAGUUUCCCCAGUAACAACGGGGUUUCCCAAUAAGAAACGCUCGUUCACACCACCCGGAAAGUCGUCAAACACUGACCGAGCUCUUAGCCCACAUCAUCUUGAGAUGAUAGUUCAAAAGGCUGUGGCUUCAGCCAUGGCGACUGAGCGGCAAAAGAUCAGCGAUGAUCUUCUGAAAAUGGAGUCUCGUUUGCGUGUUGCUCUGGACGAAAAGAUUGCUGCCCUCCACGAUCUUGAAGUGGCGAUCGACAUCAAGCUUCACGAGCUCCAUGACGUCAAAUCCAAGGUUGAAGCCAGUGCAGAUAAGGUGAACGAACUCUCAAACAGGCUGGAUCACAUCGAGCAAUACUCGCGUCGAAACAACAUACGCAUUCUUGGAGUCAAGGUGACGCCUGAGGAGGACACCGAUGCUGUUGUGGUUGAUGUCGCGAAGAGGAUUGGAGUCCAGAUGAAUGCCGUCGACAUCGACCGUUCCCACCGACUCCCGAGUCGUCAGACUUCUAGGGACGAAUUGCACAGUAGUUCGAAGUCUCCUGCCAUCAUCGUCAAAUUCACAUCUUUUAAAUCAAAGCAACAGAUGAUGAAGCAUCGGAGAAGGUUGAAAGGGUCCGGCGUGGUGGUAGUCGAAGAUUUGACGAAGAAGAAUGCCGACCUCCUAACUCAGACCUCUCGCCACCCAAAAGUCACAUCUUCUUGGACAUCUGAUGGUCGUGUCUUCGCCAUCGUCAAAAAUGAGGGCGGAAAACUUGACAGACAACUAAUCAGAAGACAAAGUGAUCUGAACAAAUUGUAAUAUGCUUGCUUCUUGCCAAAUGAGACUGAGUUUUUUGUUUGUUUAUUUGUUGUUUUAAACUCGUAUUGACUCUUCAAUUGUAUUUAUUCGAAUAUACUUGAACAUUUUGAUAUAAAUUGUUCUACAAAAUAAUAUUUUGAACAGAUCCCCGGUGGUUUGGUUUGGUUUUGGUUGCUUUUUUUACCUCCCAACUAUAAUUGUAUGUGUGUUAACUCAUUUCUAUUUGUUGUUUGUUUUGUUAUUUUUAUGUUGUUUUAACUUACAUGCCUGACUGCAUUUUAUAUCAACAAUGUUUACAAGAUAUUGAUUUAUCGAGGAUCAAUGAAUUGUUGUCUCCAAUUGAUGGUAGUGAUUCUUUUAAUGGCCCCAAUCAAAAUUAUUAUUUGCCAAAUGAAUUCAACACAUGUCUAAAAGAUUGUGAGUCUUUUAUUAAUGUCAAAAAUAGAUUUUCAUGUUUGCAUAUAAAUAGCAGAAGUUUAAAGAAAAACAUUGAUGGUUUAACAUCGUUUUUAAAUUGCAUUGAUUUAGACUUUUGUGCUAUUGGUAUCACCGAAACUUGGCUUAAACAAAAUGAUUCUGAUUAUAAAAUUGACGGUUAUUCAUUUAUAGGUCUUUCCCCGCACAGGACGUAGAGGGGGUGGUGUGGGAGCUUUUAUUCGAAAUGAUUUUAACUUUGUACAUAGAAAUGAAUAUAAUAUUUUUUCUGAAUCUAUUGAAUGUAUUUGUAUAGAAAUAAAGUCUUGCCCAAAAAAUAUUUUAUUCAGUGUUAUUUAUAGACCUCCAAAUUCAUCAUUUCCUAAUUUCAUUGAAUCCUUAAAUAUUCUUUUAGGAAAUGUAAAUAGUGAAAAUAAAUUAUUAUAUUUUAUUGGAGAUUUUAAUCUUAAUUUGUAUAAUGCCGAUUCUUGCUCAAAUGUUAGUGAUUUUUUGGAUGCUUUUAUGACUAAGUCUGUUUAUCCCACUAUUCAUUAUCCAACCAGAGUUACGGAUCAAUCUGUAACGUUGAUUGAUAAUAUCUUCACUAAUGAUUUAAAUGAUGUGUCAUGUGGAAUUUUCCUUGUUGAUGUUAGCGACCAUUUCCCCAUAUUUUGUAUACACUCAAAGGUUAUUAUACCUAAUAAAAAAAUAAAAUUAACUAAACGUGUCGUUAAUGAUCAUAAUAUUCUUGAUUUCACAAAUAAAUUGGAGAAUGUCGUCUGGCACACAGUUGAUGAGGAUCCAAAUACUAGUUAUAAUAAUUUUUUGCAUCAAUUUAUGCAAGUCUAUAAUGAAUGUUUUCCAAAGGUCGAAAUGAAAAACAAAUCUAGGAAAGAUAAGCCAUGGUUUAAUCUAGACUUGCGCAAAAUGUGUCAUAAAAAGUUUCUAUUAUAUAAAAAAUAUAUUAGAAAUCCAACGGAGUAUAGAGAACGAACGUAUAAAUCAUUCCGUAAUAAAGUUAAUAGUGAAAUAAAACGUGUUAAAAGGGAGUAUUUUAAAAAUCAAUUUUUUGAAGUAAAGGCAAAUUUAAAAAGAACUUGGAAAAUUAUUAACAAAGCUCUGGGUAAUAAAAGAAAAGUAAACAUUAUUGAAAAUAUCAAUGUUCAUGAUGAAAUUAUUACUGACGAUUUCAUAAAAGCACAAACAUUUAAUAAAUAUUUUAUUGAGAUUGGCUCCUCAUUAACUAAUAAUAUACAGUGCAAUACCUCUGGCAAUAAUUUUACACAGUACUUAAAACGAAAUAUUCAUACUGCAUUUUUUAAUCCCAUCACCCCCGGCGAAAUAAUAAAAAUCACUUCUAGCUUUGAUAAUCAGUCUAGUGCAGGUUUUGAUGAAAUAAAUAUUUCAAUUGUUAAAAAAGUUAUACAUAUCAUCUGCUAUCCUCUGUGCAAUAUAUUUAACUCUGUUUUAUCUAUUGGUGUUUUUCCGGAUCAAUUAAAGAUUGGCAAAGUUGUUCCGGUUUUUAAAAAUGGAUCUCCGGCUAAUGUUUCAAACUAUAGACCUAUAUCUGUGUUACCUGUUUUCUCAAAAAUGCUUGAAAAAUGUAUAUACAAUCGCCUCUUAUAUUUUCUGGAUAAAUAUGACAUUAUUGUUAAAUCCCAGUAUGGAUUCCGUCCCGGGCACUCCACAUCCUCUGCAUUGGCUGAUUUAGUUUGUAAAGUCUCAACUGCUUUUAAUUAUAAAGAAAUAUUAUUUGGAUUAUUUUUGGAUUUGAGUAAGGCAUUUGACACUUUAGAUCAUAAUAUUCUUUUAUAUAAGUUACAAAAUUAUGGUAUUCGUGGUGUCCUCUUAGAUUUAUUUGAAAGUUAUUUAUUUAAUCGUAAACAAUAUGUUUUUAUUAAUAAUGUUAAAUCCGAAUUAGAUACAGUAGGAUGCGGAGUGCCUCAGGGGUCCAUCCUGGGACCUUUAUUAUUUCUUAUUUAUAUAAAUGAUGUAUGCAAUAUUUCUGAGAAAUUACAUUUUAUCUUGUAUGCUGAUGAUACAAGUGUUUUUAUGUCUGACACAAAUAUUAACAGUUUAAUGGUUAACUUCAAUAAUGAGUUGUGCAAACUAUCUCAGUGGCUUGUUGUAAAUAGAUUGAUUUUAAAUGUAAAUAAAACUCAAUGUAUGAUAUUCACCAAUAAGAAAAUUAAUUACAAUAACAUUAUUAUUGAAAUGAAUGGUACUAAAAUAAAUGUUGCUACGUCUAUCAAUUUUCUUGGGGUGAUUGUGAAUAAUAAACUGUUAUGGCAUGAGCACAUCAAUCAAGUUUGUAACAAAGUUUCAAAAUGCAUUGGCGUACUUUAUAGGUUAAAGCAUUUCCCACGUAAAAUUUUAUUGAUGAUUUACAAUGCUAUAAUUUCACCUCAUUUAAACUAUUGCAAUAUUGUAUGGGCCAAUUCUAGAAAUUAUUCAAUGAUGAGAUUAUUCUUAUUACAAAAGAAAGCCAUAAGAAUAGUUUUUCAUGCCAAUUAUCUUGCCCAUUCUAAACCAAUUUUCAAAGAAUUGAAGUUAUUGAAUAUUUUUGAUAUGAAUGAUUUUAAUAUUGCAGUUUUCAUGUUUUUAGUUUUUAAUAAAAUUAUACCAUCUAGUCUUUCAACAUUUUUCAAAUUGAAUUCUGAUUUUUACUUGUAUAAUAUGCGAAAGCCUUUAGAUUUUCACUUGCCAUUUGAGAGAACCAAUAUUGGUAUCAAUUCUAUAUUCUUUAAGGGUCCUAAAAUUUGGAAUGCAUUACCUGAUGACAUUAAAUUAAGUGUAUCACUCAAUUCUUUCAAACGAUUAUUAAAAAAAAAAUAUUACUUAUAAAAUUAUCAGGCUUUGUUUGUUCAAGUAUCGUGUAGGGUUUGUCUUGGAAUAUUAAUAAUUUGUAUGUUUAUUUAUCAUCGUUAUUUUCUAGUUAUUAUGUUAAAAUGUCCAUUUUAAAAUGUUUGUGCUUACAUUUUGGUGGCAGCACUGUAUAAGACUUGGUUCUUCUAAGCUGUCUCCACAUUCUUAUAUUGAUAUUUUGUUUAUUACUAUGUAUAUUUAUGUGUUUUUAUGAAUGAAAUAAA